AUGGAUCGGGCCCCCCGCAGGGGGAGCUGGGCGAGGGCUCUCGACAAGGUGAAGGCUGCUGUGAAGCGACGCCCUUCCUACACUCGGCCGCUGCAAACUCCGGACGUCCGUGGUGCACUUCCAACGGUUUCCCACGCGCCUCCAACCCGUGCCAACGAUCCUCAGCAGCCGAGUCAGGAGAGCGAACAACUGCUUACCUCGAAUAAUGAUAAUAUCCCCACUACCGCCACCGCGGAGCUCGAGGUUUCUGCUGUAGGAGAGGCUCUUGCUACGACACCUGCCGAGCCACCACCUGCUGCUGCUGCUUCUUCCAUCCCCGCUGUGCCGACAGCAGCUCCGACCGAAGUACUGCUUGCGGCAGACACCGCCGUCGAGGCCGAUCAGACGGACGGCGAGUCGGACGAACCUUUGCUGCCAAUGCUAUCGAGCCGAACUGGCAUCACCGAGGACAGGGCCCGGAAUCUCUUUGCGAAGCACGGACUGCAGUAUGAUGCGAGGGGAAAGCGACCGGAGCAGGAGCCGCCGAACAAGAUCAGAAGGGUAGAGAAGCCGGUGCGGUUGAGGGUGCAUUGGACGUGCCAUGAGUGUUCGAGACAGUUUGGCAUCGAAAAGACGUGUACGGCAUGCGGGCAUCGGAGGUGCCGGGAUUGUGCGAGGCAUCCGCCGAAGAGGGUGAGGGAGAUUCUGGAGAACGCACGGCAGGCUAUGGAGGAGGAACAGGCUACUGCGUCGCAGGCGAAAGGAGCGACGGCAGCAUUGGCGGUGGAAGCUGAAACGGUCGCAAGCACUGCGGCCCCGGAACCUUCACGACCACGUCAGCAACCGGGAACUUUACCAUGGACCGAGACAUCGCACCCAAAAGAAAGCGCGAGGACGCAGGCCCCGUCUGUAUCAGGUAGUCUUCUGGGUCGACCUCUCGAAAUGGACGAAUCGCCCGAAGUCGAUGCCGACGACGAACAAGAAGCCACCAUGCCCGAAGUCGAAUAUUCCAUCUUCACACGCCCACGCACAGGAAUGCACGCGGUCGUCAAGCCUAGGGCGCAAAUAGUUCGACGGACCUGUCAUAAAUGCGACACGCCAAUCUCGCCUCCCUCGAGGAAUGAAUGCCAGCUUUGCGGGCACACGCGAUGUAAGCUCUGUCCACGCUUUCCGGAGUCGAAGGACAAGAUACCGCUUUCAGGCUCUGCGACUGUCGUGAAGGAGCAUCACCCGCCCAUGGUGAAGGCUGUGCAGAGGGUCUAUCGGAAACCGCGACAGCGGGUGCGGUAUACCUGUGAGAGGUGCAGGACGCUCUUUAUGGAUUCGGACCGGUGUGUGGACUGCGGGCACGAGAGGUGCAGGAGUUGUCUGCGGGAGCCGUACGUUGUCUCCCCUUCAAAUUGCCCAGAGAUGACAAUCUUUACUGACUUGACCACUUGUUGUCUCUCUCCAGAGCCAAACGCGAGCCCGCACGCCACGAUCCCGAAGUCGUCCGCGCCGUCGCCAAUCGACUCGCAGCCUAUGGAGGAGGGAAUUUCGGACAGCCUCCUCGAAGCAUUACGGCUUCGGCCGGUUGA